AUGACCGCCUCUCACUUCUUGAGAUAUAUAAGCUGGGUUCAAAAGCCGGGGAAACGUUUUUUUGGAGCUGCUCUCCUCUUCGAAGUAGCCUUCAAUGGUGAUGCAGUACAAAUGGUCUUUAUUGGUUAUCGGCGAAGAAAUCAAACUAAACAAUCUCCUCAAGCUCCCCAAGCAUUUCCUAACUCAGAUUUACUUGGGACUCUUUUAUUGGGUUCAUUGCUAGGGUCAGCGUAUGGCAGAGGAUUCCCAUAUUAUCCUUCGAUGAUGCUCAUCAGUUCAAAAUGCCUUUCUCUUCAAUUAAAAUUGAUUUAA